AUUUCUCUAGCUAUAUAGCUUCAAACAUGACGGUAGUAGAGUUGAUUGUAAAUAUGGACUGCGCUGGUUGCGAGAGCAAGAUAAAGAAAACUCUUAAAAAGCUUAAAGGGGUGGACGAUGUUGAUGUGGACCUGAACAUGCAAAAGGUGACGGUAAUGGGAUGGGCGGAGCCAGAGAAGAUUCUGAAGGCCGUGAGGAAAACAGGAAAGAAAGCUGAGCCGUGGCCGUACACACCCGAGAGCCAGCACAACGUCGCCGUUCAGCAGUUUUAUUUGCAGCACCAUCACGGCGAGAGUGAUGAUCAUCAUGAAUAUUAUCAUCCAUUCACUGCCUAUGAUGUACCGAAUCUGCCCUCCAUCAUUUCCCAGAAUUACCUUCCCCAAAAUGGUAGUGAUGAAUAUAAUUUUGGCUAUUAUUAUGGCCGUAAUACUUAUCAAAUACAGCCCCCUUAUUCAACCCUCGUUGAUCACAAGGCCACCUCCAUCUUCAGCGAUGACAACCCCCACGCUAUAUAUAUAUUCAGUACACUCUUGUUUUAG